AUGACCUCUUCGGCGUCAGGCUCCAGUAAGUGCCACCUCGUGCGUCGUCCCGGCUUUGACGGCUACGGCUUCGGCGUACUGGUUGACGAGAAGGACAAGCUGGCCACCGUGACCUACGUGGAAAAGGGAGGACCAGCCGAGGCCGGAGGUCUUCGAGCAGAGGAGUGCAUCGUUCUGGUGAACGGAGUGAACGUUAUCGGCGUCAGCCAGCGGGACGUCGUGGAACGCAUCAAGUCUUCCGCUGACGAGGUGAACCUUCUGGUGACGAACAAGGAAGCCGUGGCCUGGUUCAAGGAGCGUGGAAUAGCCUUUAGCAGCAACAUGCCGAACGUCAUCCGACCGAGCAGCUGCACAGCGACCCCGCGAAAGGCCAAGGACAAGGGACAAAAGGCCCUCGCCAAAGGCCCCCCAGCCGAGCCCUUGGCGCAGCGCCGGCCGUCGAUGACGCUCUCCAUGACUGGGAGCCAGAUCAUGAACAUCGAGGAGCAAUCGAGUAGCGACAUCGACCCCGGAUUAUUGGUCACGCGCGGCAAAGGGGCGAAAGCCGCCAAGCGGACCAAACCACCGGCCAAAAAUGUCAAGCCAUUGGCUGCCCUGGGCCCAACGGCCACCAUCUCCAAACACGAGCAGGACCUCCGUCGGAGACACGAGCAGGCUCGCACGACCACCGACAAGACCGAACAAGAUGGCAACAGCGUACCGGGUCCGAGCAGCGGGAGGGGCGCAAGUGUUCAGUGGACGGAGACCACCCGCACCAAGCCGUCCACACCCAAGGGCCGCGGUGGCAAUACCAGCGGCAGGAGUCAGGUGCGUUGGCUUCCGGUCCGGUCUCCCGACGCCACGAGUUCGCCUCCCUACACUUAUUCGUCGCAAGGGAACGACUACGAGGCCUACCUGGAGGGGUAUAUGACAGACCCGGAGGACUGCUCUGGCUGGCCCGAAGACGUGUACUCCUGGAACGCCCCGAUCCCUUUCGCAACCUCGUACGGGGCACCCCUGGCCUUUCCGUAUCAGUACGAUGCCUUGCCGUUUGACCCUUACAACACAUAUAUGCCGUACAACCCGCAGGGACUCUACUGGUCGCAGCAGGUGCCCUACCAAGGGGCCCAUGCACCGGCCGUGUGGGGGCCGUCCUACGGGUACACCAGCACGUACGCACCGGGAUACUCAGACUUUUUCGCGCUUUACCCGGGUUACGCCAGCUACGAGCCACUGCAUCAGGCGAGCGCGUCGCCAGAACGGCGUGAAACCCGGGCGGCAAUUCGGCCAGCGCAAGAAAGGCCUGGCUCCUCGGCGCCUGCGCCCUCGUUACAAGCAUCGAGAGCAAAGUCAACCACGCGAAGCUCUGCUGGGACUUCGUCGAAGAUCAAAAGCAAGUCGAACGAGGCCCAAAGCUCGACGCCAGGUGGCAAACGCGGCGAGAAACAAGCCGUCAAGAAAACAUCCAGCCAGAUCUAACACUUACUCGCACGUCCUUAUGUAACCAACCUCAUACUUGCUACUUCAAGGAACAAGUAGGAUAUCAUAUGUAUUUAAUUUGGACAAAGCGCGAUAUCCCACCGCUUUUUGCCCAUGUGAGUGCCAUACAUAACGCGAUUCACCGCUAAGGCGUGGUUUCACAUAACCUACUCUGCGCCGUGCUUGAAUUGGCGUGCGCCAAAUCGCACAGUGACGGCUAGCCACCAUAACCCAUGUGAAACGCAUGGACCCAUACAAAAAUAGGCACUCGAAUGGCAUGCUGCCUCGUAUAGCACUUUUCUGUCGCGUGAAUUCAUCGCUGUCAAUGCCUCCUGCAACAACGCCAUAUUGUCACUGUGUUCUAAGCUUUUUUUUUUCGUUGGCAAUGAAUCUAUUAAGCAGAUUAUGUCGAUAAGGCGUCCUCUUUGUCACCAUGACAACUGCUAGCGCAAUAUUUAUUUGGCGACGGUGCAUGGUCACCUGACCUCACCACCACUGACGAUUUUCCAUAUGUGGAGGGACCUGUGAGCCCUUACGCCUUGAGUGUAUGCUCUGUACAAGACGCACUACAGUAACCUUGAAUGAACGUAGCGGUAGUUAUAAACUCACAAAUAUCUGUUUUAGGUCCUGUUUUCUGCGUGUUCGAUGCUUGCGGUCUGCUCACUGCCGUCAUCGCCAGACGUGCUGGUUUCAUCGGCAUUUUUCGUUGUUUUCUUUGACAUUCUGAUGAAACGUUAAUAGAAAGUUUCUCCGUUCUGGUGCUAUAUGUUCAAGAUAGGCGACACUGUACUCAGAGGAAUAAAUAGGUGCAUAUUAAUCGUGAAAUAAUUCUCCGAGGGUCGUUUACGAUGUUAGGGAGUACACACGUGGAUCAUGAAACAAGGGUGGGGUCCAUUCGUGCCCAAUGGACGGAAUGAGAGAGACGUCAAAGAGUAUAUGCCAGGGAGCGUUGCAGUAUAACAAAGAAACGCGACACAGCGCCACCACCAUUCAGCGUAUCUAAACCUUCGGAGGCCACAGUGGCUGAGACUGCGUGCAUCUAAAGGAGUGUUUUCGAUCGAUAA